ACAGCGACAGCAAGCAGACGGCCGGACCAAGGAGACACGCCGGGAGACACCGCCGGAGUAACGAUACUGCGAGCAGACAGCGCAGGGUGAGCUGCCUGGUGCUUGGCCAACCGCUCGCUCACAUCCUCAUGCUCCUUUCGACCUCCUCACCCCCCUCACGCAGUGAUACAUCUCGCGCUUCGUAGCAUCGAUGCCGCCGCCGGUCAACCGUUACGGCCCCUCGGGCAUGACGGGCCCUUUCCCUCACCUCCAGCAAGCACAUCUCCAGCAGCAACAACAGCAGCAGGCCCAGCACCACGCUGGGCACCCGCAGUCCAACGCCGGCCUGCCCCCUCCCUCGCUGGGCGGACACCCCGGGUUCGGGCCCAGCAACCCCCAGUCGAGCAUCAAUCCCUUCAGUAUACCCGGUGCCAAUGGUAUUGGAGUUGCCGGCUUCCCUACCGGAGCCGGCGCGGGGGUGCUGGGCGACGGGAGUGGCACCGGACUCGCCAGCCAUGCCGCACAGAUGGGGUUUGUAAGGGGUGCUCAAAUGCAGCAGCAACAACAACAGCAACAGGCGCAACAGCAAAUACAACAGCAUCAAGUCCAGCAGGUUCAUCUAGGCCAUGACGGUCGCCUCACCAUGGACACCAAGACUAACGCCGUCAAAUCGAGGAUACGUGAUGUCUGGAAGCACAAUCUGGCACAGGAAAUGGCCAUGCUACGGUCAUUAGUAGAGAAAUACCCAUACAUCAGCAUGGACACGGAGUUCCCAGGCAUAGUCGCCCGUCCCAUGGGCACCUUUACCACAAAAGCAGACUACCACUACCAGACUCUACGGUGUAAUGUUGACCUCUUAAAGAUGAUACAGCUUGGAAUCACCCUCUUCUCCGAGGAUGGGGAAGUUCCUCCAGUUACGGCUACGCAUGCGAACUCGGAAGGGUAUAAUGGCGUCCUGGUACCCGCACCAUGUACCUGGCAAUUUAACUUCAAGUUCUCUCUCGAAAACGACAUGUACGCUCAGGAAUCUACUAGCAUGCUGGCCAAGGCUGGUAUCGACUUUUCUCUCCACGAAAAGAACGGCAUCGAUCCGCUGGACUUUGGAGCCUUGCUUAUGAGCUCUGGACUCGUCCUCCUCGAUGACGUUCACUGGAUCUCCUUCCACUCCGGAUACGAUUUUGGCUAUCUCAUGAAAAUCAUGCUGUGCAAGCCCCUGCCGGAUGACGAGAAGGACUUUCACAAACUCCUCAACAUAUUCUUCCCUUCGCUCUUUGAUAUAAAAUACCUCAUGAAACACGCCGGCCGGAAUCAAACCGCCAAUGGAUCCCCACUAACCCAUGCUGCAGCCCAGAUUAUAGCCAACCUUGGCCAGAAGUCCGGCCUUCAGGACAUUGCUGACGAGCUAGGAGUCAAACGAGUAGGCAUUGCCCACCAAGCUGGUUCGGACUCCCUCGUCACCGGUGAAAUUUUCUGGAAAAUCAGACAGCUUGUGUUCAAUGGAAACAUCGAUGGAUCCAAAUAUUCCGGCCAGAUCUGGGGACUUAAUGGCCAGAUUGCUGCCGUGCCUUUCUAUCCUAGUAAUCAACCUCACCAAACCCCCGGUCCUAAUGGAACUGUCAUGUUCUCUGCCGCAGGAACACCUAGUACCCCGAACACAGGCCACGCAGCUUUGAACAGCCAUCAAACACCUGGCCGUCAGACAGGUAGCAUAACCCCCGGAACUGGUGCAUAUGCGAAUUUCCACCCCCGAUCCUAAGAUAAGAAGCAAACUCAAACCCAUAAUAUGAAAGAUAGCCGCACAAACGACAAAAACCCAACAUCCUUUUUAACUAUCUAUAACAUUUCCCUAGAAAACUUGGAGGAUGGCGCUUUGUGUGUUCUACGACACGAAUGUUCUUUUUCUUCUCGGUGUUUUCUUCCUUGCAUUUUCAGCUUGUGGUGUUUGUGUUGAGCUUGAACCACUUUGUUGUACAAGAGUGUCAUGGCGUUUUGAAAAAAUGGGCUUACUUUUUCAUUCACACGGUGUCUUUUUCUCUCUUUAUCUAUCCUCUACCCUAUUCUCUUUCGACUUCUCUUCUAUAUUGUUGCC